UCUCCAUAGCCCAGUGAACUAUGACCCGUCAGUCAGACAGGCAGACGUCGGCUUUUCAUGCAGCAGAUAGCAGCUGUUUGCACAUCCAUCGGGGGAGAGGUGAAAGUCCGAACAGAAUGAGUGUGUACCUUCUAGUCCUGUUUCUGGCCGUGCUGCUCCAUGAUGGGAAAGCUACAAUCGAGUUGCAAAGCUGCAGCAACCCUGAUGCAGUGAGAGUGGCAGAAGAGGCCCUGGAGCAGAUCAACCACGACCGGACUGACGGCUACAUCCUGACACUCAACAGACUCUAUGAUCUCUCUCGCACACCAAACCAGGAGAAAGGUGGCUCAGUUUACAACCUGACUAUUGACGUGCUGGAGACGCAGUGCCACAGUUUCAGCAGGAAACCAUGGAAACAAUGUGAAGUCAGAGAGCUUUCAGAUAUCCCUGUAUAUGGAGAAUGUCAGGUAUAUGUUCAUGUUGAUGCUAAGGUCAAACUUCAAAGCUACUUUUGUGCCCUGCGAGAAGUUCCAGCUACUGCUGUACUCCAUGUGUGCCCAGAUUGUCCUACAGCUGACAAUCUAAAUGAACCAGUUAUCAAGGAGACGGCCCAGUUAUCUUUGCAGAAGUUUAAUAAGGAGAGUCAGCUUGCCAACUACUUCACUUUAGAGAACAUUACAAAAGCUAGCUUACAGUGGGUUAUUGGACCGGCGUACUUCGUAGAGUUCACUAUUCUGGAGACGGUGUGUUCAAAAGAAGCCGACGUCACUGUGCUGACCCAUUGCCCACCAAUGAACUGUCAGUUUGCUCACAGGGGUUUCUGUAAAGGCUCCCACGUGACUCUGGAGGAGACGUUUAUAAUCACAAACCCUGUUGGAAAAGACGCUAGCUCUUUUCAGAAACGGGAAUCUAUCGACGUCAAAUGUGAGAUCUACGAACCACAGGCUUCCACUGUGGAGGAGCAGGCCCAUGCAAAAGCAGCUAGUGGGCACCUGGAGCAACAUCAACACAACCACACGCACCUGCACCCCCAUGAGCAUGUGCAUUCUGUCACACAAGCCACCGACAGCACCAUCCCCAACCCAAAAGGGGUUUCUGUAAAGGCUCCCACGUGACUCUGGAGGAGACGUUUAUAAUCACAAACCCAGUUGGAAAGGACGCUAGCUCUUUUCAGAAACGGGAAUCUGUCGACGUCAAAUGUGAGAUCUACGAACCACAGGCUUCCACUGUGGAGGAGCAGGCCCAUGCAAAAGCAGCUAGUGGGCACCUGGAGCAACAUCAACACAACCACACGCACCUGCACCCCCAUGAGCAUGUGCACUCUGUCACACAAGCCACCGACAGCACCAUCCCCAACCCAAAAGGCCAUCUUGGCAGGAUUGUGUUUGAGCCUGCCAGUCCCAGAUCAGCUCCAACUGCCAGCUCCUGUCCCGCUGCUAGGAGACACAAUUUAGGUUUACGCAAUCCAUUGCUCUGAUUACUUGGAUUCAAUUUUGUUCAGUCACACAAGCUACAUCUUUUGCUGGGGCUGGCAGAAAUAACUGUUACCAAAACGUAGGAUGGUAAUAACCUUUGUUUUAUCAGCCAUUAUUGUAAGACAAUUGAUUCAACUGAUUCUUUGAUUAAAGCAUGUUUCACAUUUGA